UUUGGAUAGCUAAAAGAAAUUCUAAAAAUCCACAAGAUGGUCUUUCACAGGAUGAAUCGGCUGCCAUCUAUUUAUAUUCUAUGGAAUCAUUAUAUUGUGAAUUAAACCGGGCAUUAAGAGAUAAACAUCGAGAACGUCUUGUUCCAUUCUUUCCCUAUUUAAAAUUAUUUUUGACCGCAUUGUGGAAGUUACCAUCGGAAAAAUGUAUUGCAUGGCGCGGUGUUAAAGCAGAUAUUAGCGAUCAAUUUGAAGAAGGUGAAACAUUUGUUUGGUGGGGUUUAUCAUCAUGUACGACCACGCUUUCGGAAUGGACAACAAACGCAAUUCCAAGAGUCUACGAAUUAAAGGCUCCUGCUACAACUGCUACUCCAGUAGAAACUGAAAAAAUAUUUCUUUGUUCUCAAUGUAAUGAAACGCUCUCAAAUAUUGAUGAAGCUGCAUAUCUUCAGCAUAUGACUUCUUGUAUAAAUACAGCUGAUUCUUCUGCUUCAGUAGAAGCUUUGAGCGACAGCUUGUCAAAAAUUAAUACGGGUCCUGUAUCAGUGAUUACUACUACAGAAACACCUUUAUUUUCUGGCCGUUUACGAGAGAAGCCAAAUUUAUGUCUCAAUAUUAAUUCCGAACAAGAUUUUAUCGCUGCUAACGACAAAUAUUUACUCUAUUGUGCUUCAGACAGUUUAUGUUUAGUAGAUGAACAAGGACACGAAAAACUAAAUAUAAAACGGGAAUUUGGCAUUCAUGCUCUGUGUUGGUCAUCAUACUUAAAUCGAUUUUUGAUUUUAUCGGGGAGCAAGCCAAAACUUUAUCUGUUAGACAUUAAUUUAAGUAGGACAACAACAAAACGGCUAGUACGCGUUAAAGAAUUCGCCACAUACAUGGCAAGUUGUACAUGUGAUGAUGAGACACUUAUGGUGAGUAGUACUGGCAAAGGAUCGGUUAUUGAAGUAUAUAGUAUGUUUAAUUGGAAUUUAAUUCGAAUAUUUAAACCACCUGUUUCGUGCCAAGAAAAUCAUUCUGUCGAUAAAAUUCGUUUUAAUAGUGACGGAUUGAGAAUUGGUGUCACUAUUCGUAGUGAACAGCAAAAGUCUAACUAUAAAUACUGGUUUGAAAUACGUAAUCCACGUAAUAUGCAUCUAUUACACAUUGUUGAUCUUAACAGCAAGAAAUGGGCUCGUCUUGUUACAUUACCAAAUCAACAAUUUUUAAUUAGUUCUGCCAGAAAGAUUGCC